AUGCCUCGGAAGCUUUUAAACAUAAUACGUUCUUUGUAUUCUCAGACUUCCGGACGUGUGAGAGUGUACGGAGAGCUCUCUAAAAGCUUCCGCACACAAAGCGGUGUCCGUCAGGGAUGCCCACUUUCUCCAUUCCUUUUUAACUUUGUGAUCGUGUGGAAGUUAAUUAAUCUUAUUUGGGGAAUGGGUCUGCAGUGGUUUCUAUUUCAGGGUGUUAUUCGAAUAACAAAAUUUACGGUCUCCUUAUCUGCAUGGUUCUUUGUACAGGUUGACAGUUUCCUUAGCAGUCUCCCAUCCUCCGAAGUGCCCCGAGGUGAUGCAGCAGACCGACUUCGACGACGGCGCCUGCGCAAACAAAUCCCCCCUCAGGAUCGAAGGCCAGCGGCUGCCGUGGAAGAAGCUUGGGUUCACCGCACCAGCUCUCAGCUUCCGGAUGCCAGUCAUAGUCUUGAUAGCGAGCUGCGCGAAGCUAACCGGUUCAAAAACUCUAGAAAUCGCCGGGAUUUUGGCAUUGGUAUGGUUGAACACAUGAGUCAAAGUGCUGGACAGGCUUGUGCCGACUGCUUGGGAACUAUUGGAUUCGGUGACUUCUGCAUUCGCGUAAGGCCAGAACAUCGACCUCUGGAAGCUAUGACUAACUCUCCUUCAAACGAGGCUUCUGAUGUCGCACCCGCUUGGCACGUAGGAUGUUUCCGUUGUGCUACCUGCUCCGAGCACCUUGUCGAUUACUGUUAUGCCUGGUCAAACGGUCGACCGUACUGCCUGCGCCACUACGGUCAGCUCAUCCGCCCUCGAUGCGCAACGUGCGACCAUCUCAUUUUCUCUGAGGAAUAUACCCGUGCUAUGGAUCAAGAACACCAUACCGGACAUUUUGCUUGCCGCAGUUGCGAUGCUUCAUUGACGGGCCAGCGGUACAUACUUCGUGAUGAUGAGCCGCAUUGCUUGGGAUGCUAUGAAGCCAAGUUUGCAAACACAUGCGAGCAAUGCAAGGAGAAAAUCGGCUGUGAUUCUAAGGAUUUGUCCUUCAAAGAACGGCACUGGCACGAGAAAUGCUUCAAAUGUUCGGCGUGUGCCACUUCCUUAGCCGAUCGCCCGUUUGCUACAAAAGAAGAACAACUAUAUUGUUCUGACUGCUACGAUGAGCGCUUUGCUGCCCGCUGUGAUGGCUGCCAAGGCGUGUUCAAAGCUGGGAUGCGGAAAUACGAAUAUCGAGGCCAGCAAUGGCACGAGGAAUGUUUCCUAUGCGUAGAAUGUAAACAACCAAUCGGUGCCAAGAGUUUCAUCCCCCGAGAGAAUCAAGUGGUCUGUGUUCCUUGCUAUGAGGCAAAGUAUGCUCAAAGAUGUACAAAGUGCUCAGAAGUUAUCCGUCGCGGUGGUGUGACCUACAAGGGCAACCCGUGGCACAAGGAGUGCUUCACCUGUACAAACUGUACAAAACAAUUGGCAGGUCUCAAGUUCACCUCGAAGGAUGAACAACCAUACUGCGCAGACUGUUACGGAGAGCUGUUUGCAAAGAAGUGCACUAAGUGCACAAAGCCUAUCACUGGCUUCGGUGGAUGCAAGUUCAUUUCUUUUGAGGACCGUCACUGGCAUUCUGAGUGCUUCUUAUGCGGCAAGUGCAACUGCAACCUGGUUGGUCGGGGAUUCCUUACCAGUGACGAUAUGAUUAUGUGUUCUGACUGUGGUCGCUAACAUCAGCACGACGGCUGGACAGACGCACGGUUUAUAGUCGUGCUCAUGGUUAUAGUGGGAUCGGUCCGAUUGACGAUUCUUCGACAUAUGCCAAUCCCUCCGCUUAUUCGUUUCUGAUGUAGUAUUUGCCUUAUCCAUUCCCGUUUCUUCCUAUCGCAUUCUGCGCUGUGAACCCCGUUUCGCCAGUUCGCGUGGAGUACAGCUUUGUGGUUUAUUUUCUCUGACCACAUCCUAAGCGCGUGUUUAUUCUCCAUCUCCAGCAUCCACUCGAUCACGUCAAGACCGUUUCUGGUCAUUCUCAGCUCCAACCUUUUGCAUUGUUGUGUCCAUGACACCUAGUCUACCCGCUUUCAUUGGUCUUCAUUGAUCUGUGUUCUGGAACCGUCCGUUUAUUUCGUUCGUCUUCCAUUUGCUUCUGGAGUUUCCUCUCUGGCAGAUUCGCUUCCACGCUUGGACUUCCUCGCUACCUAUUUUUGACCAUCAUCCACGUUUAUUCGAUUUCCGGCAGCUCACUGCAUCACAGCCUUUUUUUCUUGCCCGGUCGACCAACACCUUGCUCUCAGUUCAGCCCUCAGACACGGUCCGGUUCGUACAACCUUGCCUGGCGUCCUAGUCCUACCUGUUUGAAUUUGAGCACUAUUUCGUCUUGAAUUCUCGAGCCACUCGGCAUUUACAAUUGUACAUGCAUGCCUCCUUUUUUCUAACUGCCAUCUAGCGGAUAGCGUGUGCUUGUGAUCAACACCCUCUUAUUCACCGUCCACUUUUGGAUUUAUGUAUCCCAUCCAAAGUGCAAUUUGGCUCGAGUGCUUAGUCAGUUUACUGACUCAUGGCCUGUCCGUAGACUGUCGUUGGUCAUCAUCCUCCAUCAGAGGUCACGCUAAGUGCUUCCCUUGCUUUUUAUUGGAGAAAAUGGUUUUUGACUUUGCUCGAUUUCGCUUUCUGUCCGACACAGACACGCGCAGAACUAUAUUGUAAACUUUCAGCUGCGGGUAACACUUAGGCAUGUGUGUCUAUUUGGUUUCCGUUUUCCUCUUCGCGCCUGGUACUAUUUACACAAGGAUAUGUGUGGAUGAAUGUUGGCACCAAUGUCGUCGCAUUCACAGUCUGUCGCCAUAUGUGAACCGACAAUCAGAGGGUCUCGAUAGGAUGAUCGAUUACUUUUCGUAUGCCGUCCUCAUUUAAAUGCAGAAAAUAAUAAAUUUAAUUUUUCAAUACUACC